GCGCAGGUGAGUGCAGAGUAGUACGUAUAGACUGUAUAUAGACUGAGCCAGAACAAGGUCAUCUUACGGAGCGUUCCCUGCAGCCGCCAUGAGGUCCUGUGUCCUGCUGUUCUUUCUCCUCUGCCUGCCCGGAUCCCCAGCCAUAAAGAUACAGGUUGGGAAGUUCACUUACCUGUUGGAGUCAGUCCGCAAACUGGGGGACUUCAUGUCGCGAUAUGAAAAGGACGAGGCGCUGGAUGCUGGACAGAUGUGUCAUGACCCACAACUGCCGGAGGAGUUCCAGCCGGUGUGCGAGGAAGACGAUGCCCACAGCAUUCUUAUUGAGCUGGUGGAAACAGCAAGUAGAUUGGAUGAAUGUGAAAUCUGUGCCAAUCCAGCCUGCCCUGGGUGCAGAUAAUCACCACCCUCACCAAGAGCCACCCUCCCCGAGACGAUCUUGCAAUCAUAUACAGUAUGUUAUCUCGGCUCUCCCCUCUACCAUGAUGUGCAAAGAAUCCUGUCCCAACUCACCCCUCUCAUCUGUCCAACCGGACCAUCCUACUGACCUCUCCUUGUGGACGAUAAUUAUAUUUCAUUCAGAAGAAAAAAUUCCCUACAGAUCUCAGUGACUUUCCUGACUGGAUCAGGUCCUACAGCACUCACCUUCCCUGACUCUUUUCAUAAUGUGUUUGAAGACCCGGAACCUACACCAGCUAGAUGAAAUCUCCAAAAGUGACUGACCGAAGGGCAUAGCCCGUGACCUCUCUUGUCCGAUGGUCUCUCUCUAGUACAAGGAACUUUUCUGUAGAUUAUGGCAGAGCCAGUCUACAAAGAGGCUUCAAUUAUUCUUGGUAUCUAAAUUUCCACCUGACUCUCCUGCUGACCGAUGUGUAAAGCUCCAACGCUGGUGUAAUAAUACUAAAUACUGUAACAUCUAAAGCAACGAAUAGCUGCAUGCUUGUGGACGGAAGCCAAUAGCAUGUAUCCUUACAUCAUAUUAAAGAAAGCACAAACCUGAUUGGCUGCCGCAGACAUUUUUCCUUUUU